GCAUGCAUAGUGCUACUAGGCGGGACAAGUGGAUUGCUUAUUACUUAGUUACAGCGGCAGUAUCAACAGGAGAGUGUUCACCCGUCUUUUAUAUUUAGUUAUCUAACUAAUCUAUGGAAAAGCUGGUCAGUUUACAGUGCACUGACUGACGUACUGGACAUUCUCAUUUUACGUAAGGGAUUUUGUACUCAUUGCCACUUUUUUAGAGAGUGGGAUGCAAAUACGAUUUUGAGCGGGGCACAACUAGACCUGAAAUACUUCUGGGUGGAAAAUGUCAAGCGCUUUGCUUGAGUGCCAAAAUCUGAGCCAUGGAGAUCAACUUGUAUCUGACUCCAAGAGUAAAGUAUUUAUAGAACCUCACGCACUGAUGAAAACACCAAGGAAAAUAUCUACAGAAUACCAAGGAAACAUGGGUUCCCUUACCACUCCCACUAAAGGAAGAGAAGCAGGACUUGGUGAGCCCUGGACUCCAACAUCAAACUUGAAAAUGCUGAUCAGUGCAGCCAGCCCUGAGAUCAGAAACAGGGAGAAGGAGCUGUGUGUGGACAACCCCGAAGGAGAAGAAACCAUGGAAUUAACAAAGGAUGCAGAACUAGGGGAGGAAGUAGAAAAGCAGAUUAGCAGGAAAGAGAAGAGUUUGGGUUUGCUCUGUCACAAGUUUCUUGCUCGUUACCCUGAUUACCCCAACCCUGCCCUCAACAAUGACAUUUGUCUGGAUGAUGUGGCCACAGAACUGAGCGUGGAGCGCAGGAGGAUCUAUGACAUCAUGAAUGUUCUGGAGAGCCUUCACAUGGUCAGCCGGCUGGCCAAGAACCGCUACACGUGGCGUGGACGCGCUGACCUGCCUCAGACACUGGCCAGGCUAAGGCUGGUGGGAGAGAAGCACAGGUACGGCCAGCAGAUGCAGCAGAUCCGCCAGCGCUGCCACGACAAGGAGUUCGACUUAGAGGGCGAGGAGAAGGAGAACGAGGAGGUGGUAGACCUGGAGGAAGGAGAACAGGGACCGAAGGAAAUGUUCUUUGUGGAGCUUCCUGGAGUUGAGUUCAGAGCAGUAUCAGUGAACAGCCGAAAGGACAAGUCUCUGAGGGUGAUGAGCCAGAAGUUUGUCAUGCUGUUUUUGGUGUCCCAGCCUCGGGUGGUCAGCCUGGAGGUGGCCGGGAGGAUCCUGAUCGGAGAGGACCAGGUCGCAGACCAAGACAAGAGCAAGUUCAAGACAAAGGUGCGCAGGCUGUAUGACAUAGCCAACGUGCUGCGGAGCCUGAAGUUGAUAGAGAAGGUUCAUGUGACGGAGGAGAGGGGGAGGAAGACGGCAUACAAGUGGACCGGCCCUGAAGACUUCCCUAGCGUUGAGGAUGUCGAAAACCUAACUUCAUCAAACACCUCCACAACAAAGCGGAUCCUGGAGUCUUGUGCAUCGGUGGAUAACUGCACCAAAAAUCUGUUCUCCUCUCCCGGGGCCAAACGCACCUUCACCAGACACCCCUCCCUCAUUAAACUGGCCAAGAGCAUCCAGGAAGACCGGCGGAAGAUCAACUCUGCUCCAACCAGCCCAGUCAGAGGGCCCCUGGAUGGUUCCUCAGGAGGCGGGUUCUUUCCCAGCAAAAUGGCUCAGCUAGCCGCCAUCUGCAAGAUCCAGCUUGACAAGCAGUCUAUGGAGGUACAGCACACCUCUAAGCCUACCGUCUCCAAGGCAACAGCACCCCCCCCAGAGCCGGGGAAGUGUCUGUCGGCUCCUGCAGCCCCCAAGACCCCAGCGUUGAUCCCUGCCGAGCCCCCCUCUGCCCCUCUCCCCCCGAGGGUGCAGUACCCCUCUCAGGCUGCGGGGUCGCUGUCCUACCAGUGCUCGCCCCUCAUCCCUGUCCUGCUGCCCCAGCACGGAGGGCCAGCAUCCUAUGCCCUGUACAUGCACCCCUCCUCCCUCCGGCCACACCCCCUGGCUCGGCCACAGCCCACCAGCCUGGCAGUGCGCUCCAUGACGUUCGAGGACAGGCUGGGACGCAGCCCGGGCAAGGCCCCGCCCGCCCGCCAGUCGCCAGCCGCGUCCCCCCAGCCCUCCAGGGGUCAUGACCCCGGCAGCCCUGCGGCGCUGAAGCGGGCGUGUGCAGACAGAGACACGGCGUGCAGCCCCUGCAAGACCAGGAGGGGCGACCCCAGCUGCAGGGAUGCGUCUCCUAAGCUGUGUGAGAUCCUACAGGCUCGUCUGAAGGCUCGUCGUGGCGGUCUCCUACCCAGUCGCCCCUCCCCCCGUGCCCUCCACCUCGACCCUGAGUUCCUCAACACCCCUGGCAGCGCUGCAGCCAAUCAGGCGCUGGCGCAGAGUGUGGAAACCUUCCUGGAGAAGGAGGAGAAGGUUGCAACAUCUGACAGCGAAGCGGGCCUCACCCCUGUCAGAGCUGUUCCCCUGACAACCGGAAAUAUACACACAGAGACUCUGGUCCCUACAGGCUACCUGAUCCCCCUCAGCCAGCAGGCUGUCCUCAGCCCCAGAGAAGCAGGCUGCCCCAGCAGCACGGAGGGUAGCAGGACCUCCACCCCCACCUACAGCAUCUACCACACCCCCACCGCAGGCUCCCAGCCUCCUCCGAUGCAGGAGUUCACCCCCACAGGCCUGCCCCCCUCCAGGGCCCCCCCAGCCUCCCCCUUCCACCCCCAGGGCCACCACACUCCCAGCCCCGCAAUCCUCAACUUCACCUUGCAGAACCUGGGUCUCAUCCCCGGACCCCCCCAGGCCCACACCCCCGAGCGGGGCCCCUCCCUGCCCAGCCCCCGGCCCCCCCAUCUGAGCCUCCCCCAGAGAGGCAUGGUAUUCGUGAGACCCAUGUCCCCCCUGCCGGUCCAGCACGCCAUGCCUGGCCAGCCCCUCACCUUCAUCAGCCUCCAGCAGCCCCUGCUGACCACGCCCAAAGGGAGGAGCCUCCCCCAGCACAGCUUCUUCCAUACCCCCGUCUCCCUCUCCCCGCUGGCUACCGUGGUAACCAGCGGUAAAACCGUUUACGUUCCCCAGAGGAGGCUGGAGGUGGAGGACAGCUAGACGAGACGCUGCUGACCUGCCGUGUGGGAACCAUCUGACUGUAUCACAAGGGUACUGUAUACCUUAAGACUGUCUAGUUUUAAUAUCCAGGAGUCUCUAAGGCCUCCAUAUCUGUAUGUGAACAUGUUGUGGAAACAUGUUGGUGCUGUUUGACUGCUAGCUCCAAAUAUUGCCCUGAUACAGCAGGCUAACUGCUAACCCUGGAGGUCUGGAACACAAUAGACUGGAGCUUACUGUUUAAUUACGACAACUUGACUUUUGAUACUGGUAAAGGGUGUGUAAUGCCAGUGGGUGAUAGGAUCUGGUGGUGGACUGUGGUUCAAAGGAGUGGAUACAUGUUUGAUAUUAAUUGAAAUUAAAUCAAUCACAAACUGCCAAAACGUUUCAUGCUCUGCAAAAUGGAAACAGAUUCCAAGAGUUGGGUUAGGGUUGAGUUGGGUUGAGUUGCCAUAGAAAAGAAUUGCAAUUUUUCCUCAAUCUACAGUAUUUACCUCCAAGACUUGAUGACUGAAAAAGAAAUGUUUGAUUGGAAUGUUUUAUAGAUUAAUAUUUUCAUGUCAGUAAAACAUAGUAACUUUACACUUUUGCACAUUGUACAUGUUAACUGUUACCCUUAAAAAAAAAAAGAUUUGUUUUUUAAUGCUGAUGUGAAUGUACGGGAAGGCUUCUUAGGCUAAUCAGGAAAUGUUGAUUGGACAUUUUAAUUUAUAGGAAGUGUACUUUGAGCAUUACAUUUCUCUGAGAUGUCAUUGUAAAUGUGAAGUGGUAAAUAAACUAUUAAUAUUGUUUA